GUGUCAUGAUAAAACAGUGUGAGAUUCUGUUUUUGUUUUUGUAUAUUUGCCCAGAAUGAAGGCCGGUGAAAUAGGAAACUCAAUCCCUCUCUAAACUGAGCUGUUGUUGGCCCUGACCUUUGACCUGUCUCUACCAGACAGCAGACACAAUUACCCGGCAGGGGUCAAGAAUGAAGGUAGGAGUCUUUCCUGGAUACAUUUCUGUGUUUACACUCAUCGUACUGUAGGAACCAUAAUGUUGCUUUGCUGAUCAGUUAUCCUGUGUUCAAUUACUUUUGUCUGGUUGCCACUGGUUUCGUUGGGUUUGGGUCACGUGGGCACAGUGUUUGAAAGCCGGUAGGUUAUAUAAGGGGCGGUCUCACCUGCACUGGGAUGGAGGGGUGAGCCAAGGUAGCUGUCAUUUUUGUUGACGGCGCUUUAUGUACUUUGUUUGCAAUGAUACACGUUGCAAAGUGUACACGUAUCCUUGGUCACUGUAGAAACGUUUUUUCUGUUAUUAAAGCUCAAAAACCUCGCUGAACUGUGGGUGCUUCUUUGGAAAAGCAGCGGCGUGUCACACAAAUAUAUACAGGACCUAUCCUCUGCCUCAAGUGAGUUUUUUAAAGGUACUAGGAAAGCCGCAAUGGUACAGCUGUGACUAUAUCAGACUCAGAUGGACAAAGGGUAAACAUAUCAGUGUGCAGAGAGAAGAACUUGAUGUCAUAUCUGCUCUGACAGUAAGUUUUUCCUCAUGUAGGUUAAGAUAAAAGGGGCACAACUUUGGCUCUGGGUUUGUAUCUUCCCCUUUAAAGGGAUAUUCCAGCGUAACAUUAGGUUAGGGUCAAAUAGACCGUAACACUGAGUUAGACACCCCCUCAGAGAUGAAUGUUGCCAACUGCUUGCUUCCUCUAGUUUUACUAACUUUAGUAAUGACCGCACGAUAGCAAUACACAGCGGUCUGAGGGGCCAUAAACAAACCUCAACCAAAACACCACUAAUAAUGCUCAGAACAGCACCUAACUUCAUCAACAGGACAUACAGGGUCACAGCCAUAGUACUAGAGACCAAACAUCUUUUUAACUUUGACUAAUUUCUUUAGCAAAGAGACUGAAUACAACUCACCUACUCUCUUCCAGCAGCCACUUGUUUGUAGAGACCUCAGGCAAGUCCUUUACUGCAGUGGGGUGACGCAGCUCAAGGAAGAACAUUAAUGAUCAUUACUUUAUCAUCUCUUUAAAGUAAUAAUCAUCAUAUUAAUCAUUUUGCACUGCAGACGCGGAAGUUCUUUUGCCGUAGCAUCUCGGUCUGAUUGUGCUUUCAUGAAGAAAUGACUUAAUUUUACGCAGGUAUAUCUUUUUGAGUCUGUUUCGUGCACUGCUUUGUCUCACCUAAUGUCCCACUUCCAACACUAUCUGAUUGGCUAGUCGUCACAUGACCGUGGGAUGCAACUGCACCUUAAAGGAGAACUUACUGUUGGUGUUUUUCAACCUGGAUCCAGUUUUUCCAUGUUUUUGUGCGUUUGCUGGAGAAACAUCAUUCUGAAAUCUCACAAGAUCUCACUUAUCACAAGAAGACAACUGAGGACACGUGAGUGUGUGACACCAGGAGAGUCAAUCACAGACAUCUCGGUACUACUUAGUAGCAGCACACCACCCCCUAAAAAAUCUAUCAUCUAUCUAUCGGUAGAUCUAUCAAUCUACCAACUUGGGUACCGUAAUAACCGUUGUUCUAGUCCACACGCAACAUUUCCAGGGACAGCUUUGGCCAGGGACAAGUCAUCCAAACAAAGGACUGUGUUUGUAAUUUUCCAGAUUUUGAGUUUUGAUGGAAAAUUUUUACUUUUAAUGUUGAUCCAUAACAGUCACAAGUAUUGGUCAUCGAUUUUGUGACAGUAUCAGCCCUGCAAAACCAACAUCUGUCUUCUUCUUGUUGUCAAAGGCCACUGUUGCGUAUGGAGCUUCAGCAAUACUUUAGUCUACAAUCAUCAAUCAAACUGUACCUUUAGAUUAUAAGCAGCUGUGUAAAAAUGAUGUAGUGUAUAGUGAGCAGGUUGUUCAUAGUGAGCAGGGCUUCAAUUUCCAGGUUUACAAAGUGAACUUGACCCUCCGUGUCCCUGAUAGUGUGAACAAGAAACCGCCAUUCUUAUAAAAGCGUGUUUUAAAGGGCACCCACUGAAGUCAUGUAAGAGAAUGUGAUUGGUUACUGUGUAACUGUGAGUCUGUGUGCGCACCUUGGUGUGUGCAGAGGGGGGGUAAUUACGGUGUUGAAUGUCCUCCUCAUCACUGGAGCUGACCUGAGAACACAACAGUUAAUCAUCCACUAACCGGCAGAGAGAGACGGAGCGAGGGGGACAGAGAGGAGCCGGAGCUGCGGGCUGAACGGUUGGAUAGAAACGGACCGAAGUUUAGUCACCUGUCUGCGUUUAAAAGGUGAAAUUCAAAGAAGAAGAAGAAGAAGAAGAAGAAGAAGAAGAAGAAGAAGAAGAGGAGUCGUACAUCAGGCUGUCUGGAGUGAAGGAUAGACUUUCCUGAGAGUGGAAGAACAAAUGUAGACGCCCUGCUCCUGAGAAAGCAGCCAACCUGUGUGUGUGUGUGUGUGUGUGUUUGCCCCAUGUAGACUGUCCUGUUUUUGGAUCUAACUGUGUGUGAGUGUGUAAGGGGGGCCCACAUGGGGCCCAGGCCCUGUCCAGAAUGCCAGCAGCAGCAGUGAAGCUCUCUCCGGAGGACAUGGUGGCAGAAGGAGGGGGUGAAGGAGAACGCGGCGUGCCUCAUUGGGAAGCCUCGGCGCUGGGCCGGGAGCGUCUCUCUCUGCCCUCUCUGAAGGUCCCCAGGGAGCUGCUGCGGAGCUUCCCCCACUCCAAACGGGUGGGGUCCUACUUGGUGGGGAAAAUGAUCAACAAGGGAUCGUUUGCCAAAGUGAUGGAGGGGCUGCACAUCGGUACGGGGGAGAAGGUCGGUGCUUUCUCUCCGCUUCGAGUGUGAGAGAGUGAGGAAACGAAGUGUUGUACCUCUGAUGGAGGGUGACACACUGACAAGAUUAUGAUUACACGGUUACAUGUUGUACUUUGUGGAUUGUAACUGAUGAUUAGACCCACUUUGGUUUUUGAGGAACACAAAGACCUGUUAUUAUUCUUGUUAUGUGUACAAGAAACAGACUGACCAUCUGUGAUUACUUUGUUUCAUAACCACGAGCGCUUAAAGGAUUUUUCAGAAACAAAUCUGUGAAGAGGUCGAUCUGUUUCUUCUUUUUAAUACCUAGAACUCCACGAGCGAGCUCAUACCGCGUAGAAUUAAAAGCAAAUGCUUCGUUAACAUAUCUAAAGUUAGAGUCGUAUCAUUUAUAUUCUGAGUACUGAAAGUUUUGUUAUAGUUUUCAAGUUUUGUGUUUGUUUCUGUGUUUAAAUGUAACUUCCUUUCAUCGGUCACUGAGUCUCUGACCCUCGGCUUAUGUGUACCUGACCUUGUUGCCGUGGUGAUGCUCAAACUCAUCUCCGGGGGUUGUUUGCUCCUCUUAACCUCGGUUAAGCUCAACAGGUGUAAGACCUGUGGAGGAGACACACACACACACACACACACACCUCUGGAGAGUAAAGAAGACCUUAAACAAACCAGGUUUAGAUUUUAUUUGACAGUGAAUGUUGGUGUAGACUCCUUCAACUUAACCGAUUUUUAAUGAAAAAUAUAAGAUUUUACUUUAAUAGAUAAAAGCAGAUUUAGAGGCUGAGUGGGUGAAGACAGCUCAACAUAUUAAAAUAAAUUACUCAUAACACACUAAUAGAUUAGUAUAACUUAACCUAUUUUAAUAACUCAUGUACAACUUAUUAUGUAAUCUUAAAAUAGACUAUAAUAACUUCACAUAUCGUUAUACCUUAAGGUCGACUGAUAUCAAUUUUUCAACAGACCGAUAAUGAGACAGCAGGUUCGCAGAUGGUCGAUAUAUAAAGCAGAUAUCAUGUUGCUGCUUGAGGAUAUAAACUGAUUAAAAUCUGCAUCGUUUAACUCAUUAUGACAAAAAAAAAAUCAAAUAUCAGCAGGUGACUGAUGUUGAUUUGAUUUGAUGUUAGUAAGGACAGAAACAAUGAGUUUCCUGUGAUAUUGGCCUUGUAAGGACUGAUGCCGAUACCAUGCUUAUUAUUACAAAACGCCAAUUAUCGGCCUGAUUAUUAUAACAUAACAAAUAACAUAACAUAUGAUCUUAACUAAGGUAACGAUAAUGUAAUAACAUGUAAAACUUAAAAAAUCUUUUUAAAAAAAGGGACCAUAACAUACAAGAACUUCAACAUAAUCAAUCGUUAUCUUUUGAUAACAUAACAUAUUAUAACUUAUCACCUCUAUUAAAACUUAUCCUGCACAUAGUCAGCGUUUUUCUCAUGGAUAAUGUGACUUAGAGUCGCUCCUGUACUGUGUAGACAUGCUCAGCCUUUGCUUUUUGAGGUUUCAAAAGAAGGGUACAACUUCUGAGGAGCGUUAGGUUUAGGUUGUACGAGGAUGAAUUCUCACAGGACUCUGACACUUUUGCGUGUUUUAAACUUGUGUUUGUGUGUUUAGGUGGCCAUAAAAGUCAUCGACAAGAAGAAAGCCAGACAGGACUCCUACGUGCUGAAGAACAUGAAGAGAGAACCUCGAAUUCAUCAGAUGGUGCGACACCCUCACAUCGUCGUCCUGUUUGAGGUAAAUAAACGAGAACUGAGAGUGAUGAUUUAUAAUCAUGAAUAUUUGGUAUAUUUUUGCCAUGAUUGUCACUGUGUGUGUGUGUGUGUGUGUGUGUGUGUCUGUGUGUAUGUGUUAGACUCUGGAGACAGAGAACAGCUACUACAUGGCCAUGGAGCUGUGUGCAGGAGGAGACCUGAUGGACAGGAUCUGUGAGAGGAAGAGGUUGGAGGAGAGGGAGGUGCGGCGUUACACUCGUCAGAUCCUCUCCGCUGUGGAUCACCUGCACAAACACGGCGUCGUACACAGGUGAGACUUUACACACACACACUGUAAACAGUCAUCAUUUUUAAUACUUGAACUCAGUGCAAGGGACACACACCCCGUCGAGAGAUGAAUGUUGACGACCGCAAACAAAACGCCACUCUAUAGCCACAAAUAAUGCUCAGAACAGCACCUAACUUCAUCAACAGGACAUAAAGGGUCACAACCACAGCACUAGACACCAAACAUCUUUUUAACUUUGCCUUAUUUUGAGAGCAAAGAGACUAAACACAACUCAACUACUCUCUUCCAGCAGCCACUUGUUUGUAGCGAGACUUUGGGCCAGUCCAUUACGACAACAGCGGGGUGACACAGCUCAAGGAAGAACAUUCAUGAUAAUUUCGUCAUGGAAAUACAAUCAGACCGAGUCGAUGGACUGGCCCAAGGUCUCACAACAAACAAGCGGCUGCUGGAAGAGAGUAGGUGAGUUGUGUUUAGUCUCUUUGUGAAAGAAAUCAGGCAAAGCUAAAAAGAUGUUUGGUGUCUUGUACUAUGGCUGGGACCCUAUAUGUCCUGUUGAUGAAGUUAGGUGCUGUUCUGAGCAUUAUUUGUGGCUAUAAAGUGGUGUUUUGGUUGAGGGCGUGGCUCUCUGUAUUUCUAUCCUGCAAUCGUUACUAAAGUUGGUAGAACUAGAGAAGCAAGCAGUCGACAACAUUCAUCUCUCAGCGGAGAGUCUAACUUGGUGUUGUGGUGUGUUUGGAAUAUCCCUUUAACAUGUAGACGACUGGAACACUAAGGAUAUAAAAAGUUUGUCCACAGGGCGGCGCCAAAACGGGCACAAACAGAAAAUUUCCAACAGGAGCUUUAAAAUGGGAAAGAGAAAACUUUUCAUACAGUAGCUGUUUGUUCAUGUCAGACUUGCACAUUCACACACACACACACACACACACACACACACACACACACACACACACACACACACACACAGAUGGGGCAGUUUGCAGGGCAUUAACAGCCUCCAACGCUCAGAGAGAGUCAAAAAAUGGCGGCUGCAGGAAGUUAAAGGUGUUAUUUUAAUGGCAGCUCAGUUUGUGUAGGUGUAAGAGACCUAACACACACACUCGCACACUUACACACACACUUUAUUCAAAGCACUGGGCUUUAGUUUAAGACCUUGGCUCGUCCGAAGGUGGGAAUGUGAUUACCAGGCACUGACCUCAUCAUCCUGCGCCGGCGCCAUGAUUCACACAUCAUCACGACAUCAUGGACUUCCUCUCUAAUGAAGUCCCUCAACGACGUCGCCCUCAGCCCGUCAAUAACACCUCUCCUUGUCUCUCUCUCUCCCACACACACACACGCACACACCCACGUGUUCACACAUGCGUUCAAACACACACACACACACACUUCACCACAGUCUCACACAGAGAUGAUUAAACUGGAAAUAAAUGGAAAAUUUGCACUUAAGCGCACCUCAUGCCACCCACAUCCAACACUUCACCGCAUCCAUUUUCUCCUUUAUGACAAUGUCUGCUCUCGCUCUCCUGGACUCUUUUCUUCCUCCCUCUCUCUUUGAACUUCUCUCGGGUCGAGCGAGACGUGUUUUCUGGAUUUUGUGUCUGUUGGUUCGAUGAAGGCAGAUGAAAGGAUCGGGAUCCUGAUUCCCAGGGCUUCGGUUUAUGGGGGAUCUCUCUCUCGACCACACGUUCUCAUUUAGCUCGGUAGUUUCAGAGCAUGGCGGUGCGGUCGGUGGUGAGCCUGGGGUCCUUUCAGGGGAGUCGGGCAAUUUUUCCAGGUGAAGGAAGGGAAACUUGGUCCAGAUUUGCUGCAAAAUUUAAAGUUUACUUGACCUGAAAAUCACGACGGAUGCAGUCCAAAACAGACCGACACUCCAAAUAACAUUUAAUUUUAUUCUCAAAUAUUACAAAUCAUUCUCAGGGGUGAUUAUUUCCUUACCCAAACCCAAAUUAAGCCAGAUUUUCCUUUGCCUCUGCGGGUCCAGUCUGGCUCAGACUCACUGGUCUUCCAUAAAUACACAUAUUGCUCGAGUUCUUAAAUUAAACGACCAUUACAGUCGAGAAAACUGCUCCAAAACGCUCGCCUGAAGGGAAAAAAUAGCUUCAGAGAUUCCUGUAGGAUUAUGGAGAGGAUUCAUAAAAGGAAGCAGUGAACCGUACUCUUCCUCGUUGACCUGACAAGCUUUUCCUUUUCGUUUCUUCUGCAGAGAUUUAAAGAUUGAAAACUUCUUACUGGACGAGCACAACAACAUAAAGAUUGUGGGUAUGUUGACGGCUUCAUUGUAUCCUCCUGAGUGAUUGUGUUAGACGGCUCAGUUCGCUCAAAUCCGUCUGUGUCCUCAUGAUGUUUCAGAUUUUGGCCUCAGUAACACCCUGAAGGCUGAGUCUUUGUCUCUGGAGCUCCUCAGCACUCAGUGUGGAAGUCCCGCCUACGCCGCCCCGGAGCUGCUCGCACACAGGAAGUACGGACCCAAAGUGGACGUCUGGUCUGUGUAAGAGGACUCCUUCUUCAUGACGGCUUCUCUUACAUUUAGCACGUCUUUCAGAAUAAACUGAUGCGCCCAAUUUCCUCUUUCUUUCUUGUAAGGGGUGUGAGUAUGUUCGCCAUGCUGACGGGGACUCUGCCCUUCACUGUCGAGCCCUUUAACAUCAAGCAGCUUCAUCAGAAGAUGGUGAACGGCGAGAUCGGCAGCAUCCCCACUGACGUCAGUAAAGGUAACUUAGAGAAUCACCCGUUUCAGUCGAGGCAGGUCAGAGAACUUUAGGAGAAACUCAGUCCUUCUUUUAUUUUCCUAUCGACCACAUAAGCGUCACAUCGAGGUGAAGUCUCACAGGUUUCUCAAACACAGCGGCCUCAGUGUGUCCGUCUGUCCCUGCUGUAUUUUUAGUCUCCCUCACACAGACUCGCAGGAGCUGUUACACUCCGUCAUGGCUGACCACAAACAGACAUGGCUCCUGUGUCUGUGGGAAGAACUGGCCUGACUCUAAAACAGCGUCACAGGAUCCAUGCCUUAGUAUUAAAGGGAUAUUCUGGCAUAAAAUUAAUUUAGGGUCAAAAACACCAUAACACCGAGUUAGACACCCCAUCGAGAAAUGAAUGUUGCCGACCGCUUGCUUCUCUAGUUAAACCAACUUUAGUAACGACCGCACGAUAGCAAUACACAGCGGUCUGAGGAGCCGUAAACAAACCUCAACCAAAAUGCCACAAAUAAUGCUCAGAACAGCACCUAACUUCAUCAACAGGACAUAUAGGGUCACAGCCAUAGUACUAGACACCAAACGUCUUUUUAGCUUUGCCUAAUUCCUUUCAUAAAGAGACUAAACACAACUCAUCUACUCUCUUCAAGCAGCCGCUUGUUUGUAGCGAGACCUCAGGCCAGUCCAUUACAGACUACAGCGGGGUGACGCAGCUCAAGGAAGAACAUUUAUGAUCAUUUCUUUAUCAUUAUCUUGAAGUAAUAAUCAUUAUAUUAAUCAUUUUGCACUGCAGACCCAGUAGUUCUUCUACCUCAGCGUCUCGGUCUGAUUGCAUUAGUGAUGGUCACAGCAGUUCUUUGAGAUGAACUGAAUCACUAGAAUCAGUUUACUAAAAAGAUUCGUUCAAAAGAUUUGUUCACCAAAUGAGUGAGUUGUUAACCAAGUGAUUCAGGCGUCGGUGCAUGUGGUCCCUCGUUUGCCGGCUGCUGGCCUGGCUUCACUUAAGCUGAACUAAAGUGAGAAAAUAACGAAUCACUCUAGGAAGUUCGGUUUAGUACGUUCACUUAAAAGAUUCGGUUCUUUUGAAAGAAUCGUUCGCGAACGACACAACACCAGAUUGCAUUACCAUGAGGAAAUGGAAUCAGACUGUUGUGUAUUGCUGUUGUGACUUCUUUACUAAAGUUGGUUUAACUAGAGAAGCAAGCGGUCAACAACAUUCAUCUCUUGAGGGGGUGUAUCUUACUCUGUGUUACAGUCUGUUUGACCCUAAAUUAAUUCUACGCCGGAAUAUCCCUUUAAUUUUGCAUCUGCAUGUUUUUUCCUGCUCAGUUAGUUACCUACUUGUUUGUACCCUCUUUAUUUUUGUCUAUAUUCUUCUAUUUCAUAUAUUUUUUGGACCAGAGCAGUCUGGGCUUUUAUCUCCUCCAGACUGUAGAGUUUAUCAGGAAUCCCCAUCUCGAGUCAACAUCCAUCCUGCUUGGCUGUCACAGGUCGGCUCGGUGUUACAGCCCGACCGGUUGAACGAGGUCACCUGAAGGGAAAUCCUGCCUCUCUCCGAGCCGCUGUGUCUGAUACAGUUUCAAUGAAGUCACAAUGAGUGAUACCAGGCGGGGACAUUUGUAGCGUCUCCAGGAGUAUAAGAGUUCACACUUAACCGUGCUUUAUAAAAGAAGAGACCGAGCUUUAAGGUCGUGCUUCUGUUUCAGGUGCGACGGCGUUCGUGUUGUCUCUGCUGGAGCCGGACCCGGAUAAGAGGCCGAGUGUGAGAGAGGCGAUGGAGGAGAGGUGGAUCAACGAGGGAUACGCCAAGAGGCCUCUGCACGCAAUCACUCAUAAAAACAGGUAGAUAUCUGCCACUACAGGGAAAACACAGCUCAGGACAUAACCUACUGCCAGCUGUCUAAGGCUGAUUUUAAGGUUUUGCAAAUCAUUUUAAGCCAUUACCUAAUUAAAUUCAGUUUAGAAAAUAGAAAAUCAACAAUUUUGGGGGAAAAAAUUGAAUUUCUAAUCGCAGGUUUGAAAAAGAUUGGGAAUGAGGCACAUUUACCAUCAUGUCACAUCAUCUUUGCUUUUAAUAACACUCAGUAAACAUUUGGGAACUGAGGAGACCAGGGAUUAGUCAGACCACAGGCUAGCUUACCACUCAGCCCCCUUUCAUCCUAAAUGGAGAGGAUUUUUAGCCAUGCAGUGCUAUCACAGCUAUCUAUCAUAGUUUUUUAUUCUUUUCCUUUUUAUAAAGAGAUUUCUCCAGAUUCUCUGAAUCCUUUAAAACAUGAUCUGCAGACGAUAAAAUCCCCAAACUGUUUGAAGUUUGACACAAUCGUUUGCACGAGGAGUCAGCCUCUCCCUGUAUUCACUUAUGAGGUGUUUUUUAAGCAUUUCAUAACUUUAUCACAGUUCGUAACGUCCCUGUCCCUGUUUUUUUUGAUUGGGGUUGUAAAAAAGUUCAGAAAAUAUCAAGUUUUUCAAAGUCUAUGAACAAAUCGGUAAGUUUUGCCUAAUUUGCGGUUGAAAAGUUCACGGUGCUGUCGCUGUAAUCUGUGUGAACCCUCGCAUAGUUUCACUUUAUUGUAAAUAGAGAAUUCUGUCUCUUAAAGACUCUUUUCACCAGUUUGAGUACGACACAGAGACUCAAACAUUACAAUGUGGGCAAAAAAACCCAGAAGGAAAUUGCAGAGUUUUGUAACAAAAUGAGAUUUUUUGCGGUCAGUCGGGUAACAGCUUUGUGUGUAUUAAAGCGGGGCUUAAAGGCUUUUAUCACUUUACACAGGGUGGAAAUGUAAUCAUGUACAGCUCCUUCUGGCGUGAAUGAAUCCAGCGAUGUUCCAGCUGCGUUCCGCUCAGCAAACCAAAAUUACCAACAAAUCCUUAUUGGCAGCUCAGAUUUCUCAUUGCUUCAUUCUUCACACUUUAUCUGUGACUGUUUCCUCUCAGUCCUUCUCUUUUAUGACUUUCCAGGCUGUGUCCAGAGGAUCUCAACUCAUCUGUGCUCUCCUACAUGACGGAGACGCUGGGUUACCCCCUCUCUGAAGUCACACACACGGUCACGACCAACAGACCCUCCGCCAUCAUGGCGUCCUAUCACCUCCUGCUCAACAAGCUCAGCAGGAGCCAGAAAGGAGCCAAGGCCGGAAAGGUUCGUGAUUUACACCUUAUCCUCCUCGUGUUAUGUUGUGAAGUUCUAAUGCUGCGUUCGAGUUUCCUCAGAAGUCAGAUGUCAGAGCUGAGCCCACUCGCUCGCCCACUCACAACAUACUACGGUGCUUGUAACAUUUAAAUAGUUAGUUUAUUUGAUCAUCAUCACAGUGUCAAAUGCAAUCAUACAUAUACAAAAUCAUUUUUCUUAAUCUUAAUUUCUGCCUCAUGUUGCCAUUUUAGAUGUUUUUAACAAACCAAACAGCUUGGAAAUCAUGUGCAACCUCGAAGCUUGUAGAUGCCUAUCCUACCUACUCAUAUUUUUACCAAAAUUAGUUUAGUUACUCAGUAUGUAUAAGGAGUACGUUUCACUAGCUGAGCAUACCAAAGUAAAAGCAAAGCAAGAACAGAACGAAAAGGAGCAGCAACCAGAGGAAACAGGAAGCAUGUAAUUUAAUUUAGGAUCAAAAUAGAUCCAAACUUCUAACUUAUUUAAAUCCUACAUAUUAUUUAGUAAUCAUCAUCGUAUGGAUUAUUAUAAUUAUAAAUAAAUCCAUAUUAGGGCUGCACAAUAUGAGAUUUUGGUUAUAUCCCGAUAUAGCUCACUUUAUAUCCCGAUACGAUAUACAUCACGAUAUAGUACAUUUUUUGUAAAUUCAGUUAAUGCAUAGUUUAUAUAAAAUUGCCACGUGGAAAUGUAGUUUAAAUGAUAUAUUCAACAAGUUACGUUACUAAACAAGACUUCUUUUAUUUAGAAAAAUAUUGACAAAACCGUUUGUAAAUCUGUCAAGAUUUCAGCAAGUAUUUUUGAUCAUGCAGACGACUCACCUCCUGUCAGCUACCAUAGAGCGGACCAGAAUGUUAUACUGGAGUAAGAUGGCCGCCAUGUAGGGAAGCUGGUGACUCCACCUCAAGUGAUCUAGCCUUUUUUAUAGAUAUCUAUGGCUUCAGUUACCAAGUCGGAAAAAAGCAAAAUCGGAGGCCUGAAACAAGCGCUAAAAUAACUUUCGUAGAUGUAGCCAUUUUUUCCCCGCCCUCGAUUUAGCUUUUUUCCAAAUUUGGUAACUGAAACGCUAGUAACUCGAGUGUGAAGUCAUUUUCAGCUCGGACCUCUGACUUCAACUCGAACACAGAAUAACAGCUUAAAUCUGUUGAUUUGUUAGAAACUGGAGAGCAACGAGUGGAGUCUUCCAAGCAAGAGCACAUGGAGAGAGAGGAGUAACGGUGAACCUAAAGCUCAGCCACAGGUAAGUUUCAGCCGGCUCCUCUUUCACAUAUGUUGCUCACAGCCUGAGAUGAUUCGAGUCAGGUGUUUUGAACCUUAUGGAAAUACUCUCUUCAGAAAGGGCAGAGCACUUUUCUAUAAUGACGGCUUGGAUAUCGCUUCAAACAUAUGUGCGAUAUUAAUGACAGAGCUGAAGCCGUUUUAAGGAGUGCUGUGAAUCCAUAAAAGGAGCAUUCUUGGAACUAACCGCUGCUUGUUUUAAGAAUGAAGCGACCAAUGAAAAAACCCUGAAGAAGUCCAACAACAAGCCUCUGAGAGCCCAGCAGACCACCGAGUAUCAGAGCAACAGGAAGAGGCUGGAAGACCUACACAGGAAAGACCACCGAGAGGACACGGAGAACCGUCCCCCCUCCCCAGCUUUACCCAAACUACCUCACUCCGCCUCUCCUUCCACUCCCCCUCGCUGCCUCUCCCCCUCCCCUGUCUGUUUGUCUGCAGGGGACAGGGCCACAGAUGAGGAGACCGGCGUCGCCCUGGAAACAAGAGAAAUGCCGCUGUUUCCUGAAGGUCAGGAUUGAUCUUGUAAAUAGAAAAGAAGUUCAUGAGUUGAGUUUAGUGUGUAACAAACUGCGUCUGCGUUUGUGUUUCAGUGUCUGUGUUUGGAGACAGAGAACUCGUCCAUCUCUCGCCGCCUAAAAGCUCUGCGUCCCAGCUCUGUGACUCCGCCCCUUGCCAAGUCCCCUUACCUUCUGAGCCAAUCAGCAACUCUACCCCUUCUAAAGCAAUCCGACCCUCACACCUGCUCAGGACAACACAGUCAGACGGGGCGGCGGACCCCGGAUCUGACUGUUUUAAUGAUAACCGCCAUCAGGACGACCACUCCCAUCUCCUGAGCAUCAACGAGCGUCUGGAGAAGCUGCAGACGUUUUAUUCCUCAGAGAAGAACGGCAUCUCUCCCAGGAUGCUCCUGGAGGCCGACACGAACAUCUCAGACAGAGGCAACACGGAGACAACGCAGAAGUCGCCAUCCGCUCCACUUCCUCGUCUGCGCAACGUGGGACUCAAAGACGGACGAGCCAGGAAGAUGACGUGGGUAGGAUUGACCCGUCAGGGACCUCAGGGACUCCUGGUGAACGGGUCUAAACCUCCUGCCUUCCACUCGCAAAGACAACAUACCUUGGUCAUUAAAAGCCUCAGGCAGGAGAGGGGCAAAAGAAGAGAUCUGGCUGCAGCAGGAGGAGGAGGAGGAGGAGAGAGAGGGACUGCUGGUGGAGGUAUAAACGGAGCAAAAAGGAACUCGGUUCAAUUGCGUUCAUCUCUUCAGCGACGCGUGGCGGAUCUGAACCUGCCGCUCCUUCCUGCAGCUCUGCAGGGGAAGACGGAAAGGAGCAAGAACCAGCUACAGAGCAUGGACUACUGAGAUAGAGAGACAACAACAACACUCCCACAAACCUACUGAAAACUAUCGUCAAUGCCACUAUUUGUAGAGCAGCUACUCCUGCUCUGCUCUUAUAAUGUCACACAGUUCUGUUCUAGGUUCAAAAAAAUUCAUAACUCAGGCGUAUUCUGGUCACACUUUUCCUUAUUGAUCAACAACUUUAAAGACAACAGGAAGUGUAAAUCCACAGGAACGUUGAUCUGGCAGCUAACAUUAGCUCUACCUACUUUCUGGCUCAGAGCAUCACCAGCUAGAAAUCACUACUCUAGUGAAGGCGGUGACGGUGGACUGAACACCUUUCCCAUAAUCCUCUAACACAGUUUAGGUCUUUGCUCAAACCUACCCUGGGAUUAGUCGGUCAUUGACAGCACUUCUUCCCCCCAAAACUCCAAAUUUUUUAUUCAGUGCCAAAAAGUCAAACCCCCUCCAAACUCAUCAGCGUCUAUUUUAGCUUUCUCUAGCUUCGUCAUGUAAGCUACUGUUGACGUUACCAUGUAAGUGCAGCAAACAAAAGUUUGUAUUCACUGUUCUUAUACAUUUUUGUACUUAAUGUCAAAUUAAAAACAAGUUUCAAUACA